AUGGCUAUUGCUAUAGCUAUGGCGACUCUAAUUGCUCUGUUUUCUCUAUUUCUCGGGCAAAUAGCUUACCAAACCAUAACAUGUUAUUGGCUAACACCAAGACGAAUCAAACAUAUAAUGGAGAAACAACUCAUUUUCGGACCCAAACCUCGUUUUCUCCUUGGAAACAUCCUAGAAAUGACAUCCAUGAUCUCCAAAUCCACUUCCUCCUAUAUGCCCUCAAUUAACCACGAUAUUGUUCCUCGUCUCCUCCCCCAUUUCCUCGCCUGGUCCUCAACUUAUGGAAAACGAUUUAUAUAUUGGAAUGGGACAGAACCAAGAAUGUGCUUAAUGGAGACAGGGCUUAUAAAGGAGUUACUUACAAAAUACAGCACAAAAGCAGGGAAAUCAUGGUUCCAGCAACAGGGCUCUAAGCAUUUCAUAGGGCGGGGCUUACUCAUGGCUAAUGGCGACGAUUGGCAUCGUCAACGACGUAUCGUCGCCCCAGCUUUCAUCGGUGAUAAACUCAAGAGCUAUGAGGGAUACAUGGUAGAAUGCACUGAAGAUAUGCUUAAUACAUUGGGAAAAGGGAUUGAAUCAGGAAAAACCGAGUUCGAGAUUAGUGAGUAUAUGAAUCGACUCACUGCCGACAUUAUAUCUAGGACUGAGUUUGAUUGUAGUUAUGAGAAGGGUAAACAAAUAUUUAAUUUGUUAAAAAUCCUUCAAAAGCUAUGUGCCCAAGCUAGCCGCCACCUCUGUUUGCCUGGCAGUAGAUUCUUUCCUAGCAAGUAUAACAGAGAAAUAAAAUCAUUAAAGAUGGAGGUGGAGAAGUUAUUAAUGGAGAUAAUACAGAGCAGAAAGGAUUGUGUGGAGUUUGGCCGGAGUAGCAAUUACGGGAAAGAUUUGCUCGGAAUGUUGUUGAAUGAAAUGAAGAAGAAAGAUAGUUUGCAGGUUAUAAUGGACGAGUGUAAGACUUUCUUCUUCGCUGGCCAAGAAACUACAGCUCUUCUUCUCACAUGGACUGUUAUGUUGUUGGCUAGCAAUUCGAAUUGGCAGGAUAAGGUUAGGGAUGAAGUGAUGCAGGUCUCUAAUGGUGGACCUAUUACUAUGGAUCAUCUCUCCAAACUUAACUUGUUAACAAUGGUGAUUAAUGAGUCACUUAGACUCUAUCCUCCAGCAACUGUUUUACCAAGAAUGGCUUUUGAAGAUUUCAAAUUGGGAGAUCUAGACAUCCCAAAAGGCCUAUCGAUUUGGAUCCCGGUUCUAGCCAUUCAUCACAGCGAAGAUCUAUGGGGAAAAGACGUUAAUGAGUUCAAACCAGAUCGGUUUGCCUCAAAGACUUAUUCCUCGGGUCGAUUCAUCCCUUUUGCUGCUGGCCCAAGAAAUUGUGUGGGGCAGUCAUUUGCCAUGAUGGAAGCGAAGAUUAUAUUGUCCAUGUUGAUAUCGAGAUUCAAAUUCACUAUUUCGGAUAAUUAUCGUCAUGCCCCCGUGGUCGUAUUGACCAUAAAACCUAAGUACGGAGUACAAGUGUGUUUAGAGCCGAUUGAUCGGAUUGAUCGGUAA